GUAUUUAUUAUCCACCCACGCAUAAAACAGUGGUGAGUGGUAAACUGUUAGUUAGCACAGAGAUUAUCAACAAAAGAACGGAAUGUUGGACACUAAAAGAGAUUGGUAGUAUUUAGUGUGUGUGUGUGUAAUAAGCCAGCGAGAAAGAUAGAGAGAGCAAGAAGCGUCAGUAAUGACACGCUUCAACUAAUAAUACAAUAUUAUUAAUAUUGUUAACCAAAAAGGGGGUUAAUGUAUUGAGGUUGUACUAACAACAACAACAACACCAGUAACAACGGUGAAAAGGAGAGAGAGAGAGAGUGAAAACAGCAGCAGCAACAACAACAACUACAGCAGAAAGAACAAACACAAAACAAAACUAUACCAAUCUAGUUAAUUAAGUGAAUAAUGACAGAGAGUGUAUCACGACCAAUGCUAGCGAAUGAAGCAGCACAAUUAUUAGUUGCAAAAAAUUCCUUUAAAAAUCAACCAUUCAACAUUGUUAACAUUGGUGAUGCUCAUACUGAUGGGGAUGGUGAAGACAAUGACACAGUUGUUAUUGUAAACAAUGAAGGUUAUAUAGAUGAUAAUUCUGAGCAUAUUGAUGAUAUCGACGAUGAUGAUGAUGAUGAAGAUGGCAUACAUCAUGAUUUAAGUACAGUGCAUGAAAUUGACUCACAAAGUAUAGAAUCUGAUAAAACAUUUAAUACACGUAUAUCAAUGAGAAAGAAAAUUCCACAUUCUAACGGUGUUAUUCAUAUAUAUCGUAGUGAUGAUAUAGAAAACAAUGAUAGUAAUAAUAAUAAUACUAAUUCUUCAAAUAUGAAUAAUUAUCAUGAUCAUAUCGAUGGAGAAAAUGAUGAAGUGAUUGAUGAUAUUGAUGAUUAUAGUGUCGGUGAUGGACAAUUAAUAAAUGAAAUGGACAUAACCGAUGAUUCGUUAUCUUAUCCCCCAUAUACACGAACUCAAAUCAAUAUCCCGUUAAAAAGAGACAAUCAAGUGAUUGAUUUAUCCUAUAAACAACGAUCGAAUAAGAAUCUAGCAUUGUCUAACAACACCAACAGUAACAAUAACUGGAAAGUGUUAAAACCAAGUAAAUCCAAGGAAUAUGUUCUAUCUGUCUCCCCACGUCCACCAUUGCCAAAAUCCCUACAACCCUAUACACGUGGUAAUUACCUUGUAAGAAAUGAUGCCUCACAUACAGUGAAUGGAUUCCAUAGUAACGGGAAUGGAUCAACAGGUGGUGGUGGUACUACAGGCGGUGGAAAUGGCGGUCCAUUUGAAUAUUGGACUAUACCUAGAAAUUCUCAACCACAUUAUAAAUUACGUGGUGGUGAGAAUACAGCAUUUUAUAUGCCAGGUAGUUUAUUUCUUCAUGAGAAAGCUCAAUCACGUUCACGUCGUAAAGGUCAUAGGAAUGUGAGAGAAAGAAGUGAAGCAUUGUUGAAUGAAUCAGGACAUAGUAGUGUUGGUGGUGGUAGUAAACAUGGGAGUCGUCGUAUGGCUUCCAGAGCUAAUGAAAAAUCUGAGAGCAAUAAUAAUAAUAAUAACAGUAAUAAUCAACUAACACCUCAUGAUAAUAAUUCAGCAAAUAUGACGGAAGCAGAGAAACGCAGAAGUGAAUUAAAAGUAUAUUUCCGAUUCUCCCGUGGAACUUUAAGUGAUCCCUUCACAUAUGAUUAUUUUAAAAAUAAAGAACUUUUAAUCCAACUGCAAGCACGCUGUCGUGGUUGGAUAUCAAGAAAUAGAUCUUCACGUGAAAGAACUGAAGACGAGGCAGUGAGAUGUAUUCAGAAAAAUGCAAAGGUUAUGUUUGAUCCUUGGUUCCGUUUAAUGCUGGCCCUGAAACCGUUAAUUCGUACACAUCGUGCAGAAGAGGAAUUACUUUUCCUUAGAAGUGAGCUCGAAAGAUAUAAAGCUUUGGUUCGUAUGCUACGAUUUGAAAAUGCUGAAUACCAAGCAAGAGUGGCUAAUUUACUCCACUUGUUAGAACAAAUGAGCACGAAUGCCUCGAACACGUCGAAUGUUCAAAGUUUAGUUCAGCAAAUAUCCGAGGCAUUGAGUAAAAAUCAAGAGUUCUGGCAGUCGUUAGCUGCAGACAAUAAGGCACUGAAUGCUUUGGCUCCACAGAAAUCUGGUAGUAAUCUUCUUGAAGUCGAACAAGCACCACCUAGUGUUGGAUCACCAAUGACUAAAUUGAAACAUGACGCUGAAUUCUAUCGAGAUCAAGUUGAGCUUCUGCGUGAAGAAGCCGAUGAACAACAACUACGCUCAGCUGAGCAUUACAGAAACCAAGUUCGUGUUCUCAGUGAACGUGUUGAACAGCUACAGCAUGUUUUAGCUUUGGAAUCCAGUAAAGUAGAACGACUGAGCUCUGAAUUAGAAGAGAAAAACUCGAAUGAAUCCGAGGCCAAGGCAUAUGUACGCAAUCUUGAAGUGAUGGUCAAUCAAUUGAGUAAACAAUUAGAACAAAAGAGUAAAUUGAUGUCACACGCAAGUGUUAAUGAUGUAAAUGAAGACUUUGAUAAUGAUGUUAAAGAUUCCAAGACACAAGAGUUAAUUACUGAACUACAAAAUGAGCUAUCCACGCAUCGUGAUUUAGUGAUAAAACUCAGGGAGUAUUUAUCAUCUCAUCCUGAAAUGACAUCACAACUUGACAGUCAUACACAAGGAGCACUGGAACUGUUGAAUUCGCCUAUUAUGCUUGGAAAAACAAAUAUGAAUCAUUUACAAAGUCAACAUUUCUUUGGAUCGUCUAGAACUCAGUCUCGCGAAGAAGUGAACGACUUAACGCCUAGAAGUAAUACAGUACAACAGCUAAGUGAAAUGAAACGACAACUUCAAGUUCUACACCAACAAUUGAUGGAGUCUGAGGAUAAUGUUAAACAAGAAGCAGAAAAUAGAGAAGAAUUAGAAGCUGAAAACUUUAGUCUAUAUGAUAAAAUUUCCAUAUUAGACAGACAGUUACGUCAUAUACAAGAUGAAUAUGAUGAAUUAGUGAAGAAAGAAAUGAUGAAUCAGCGUACACUGAAAGAAGUACAAGAACUUUUAGAUGAUGAAUCCCGGAAAUGUACAAAACUUGAACAACAGAAUAAAGAAUUGGAACAACAGCUAGCUGAACUACGUGAAUACACUGAACCAGAAGAUGAUAUAGUUGCCAAAGAAUGGGAAGCAAUGAAAUCGAAACUACGAGCUGAUGCAAUGUUUUACAAGAGAAGCUUGGAUCAACUUCGUGAAGAAUAUGAACAAUAUCGUAUUGAUCAUGAUCCAGAAGCUAUGCAAAGACAAUUAACAGAAAAAGAUGAGAAGCUGAAUCUCCUGGAAAAAGAAAAACAACAAUGGCGUAUGGAAUUGGAUAUACAGAAUGUAAAAUUACAAAAUGCUACUUCAUUAUUAGAAGAUACGGAAUUACGCUUGAAAAUGUUGAACAGAGAGCGUACAGCUCAAAUGCAUCGUAUGUCUCAGUUGGAAACAGAACGUGAUGAAUUGAUUCGACAAGCAGCAACUAUUACUGGUCGUGCUUCAGCUGACAGAGAAAUGGCAGCUGCUAAACUACGUGAAAUGGAUGAAUUACGCUCAGAAAGAGAUAUGCUUAGAAAAGAGUUGACAGAGUGUAAACAAGCCCUUGCUGGUAGUACAGCUGAAAAUACAGCUGAACGACGCCAACUUCAGGCUCGUUUACGUGAAAUAGAAAUGCACAAUGAAGCGCGUAUUUCAGAUAUUAAAACUGAGCUGGAAAGAGUACGUGAAGAGUUGGAACAGACACAGGUUGAACUACAAACAACUCAAGCAUCCGAAAUGGAGUUACGCAGUGUCAAUCAACAUCAGAAAUGGAAAAUUCAUGAAUUAGAAGAUCAAGUGAUCCACUAUACUAAUCGUAUAUCUGGCCUAGAACGUCGUAGUAUUGAUCUGGAUGCUGAAUUAAUCCGUGCCAAGGCUGACUUGAGUGCUUCACGUGAAAGCGCCUCCUUGAGACGUGCAUCAAAGACACGCAUGGCUGAUGAAUGGUUGAAUUUACUGAAUAUACCAAGUAGACAAGAUGAAACCGAUGAAGAAGGCGAAGGAGACUAUGAUAAUUAUUAUGACGAUGAUGGAGAUUAUCAAAGAAAAGUUAUCAUGUUGAAACGACGAAGUAGACAAGAUUUGAAUGAUAGUAAAGAUGAACUGUUCAGGCAAAGAAUGAGAAUAGGUCAAUCUGAAAGUAACCUAUUCAAAAAUGAUACUUCACUGUAUCAAUCAAAUCCGAACUUAAAAAAUUCACGUUAUCGAUCCGAAACUGUCUUAUCAGCUAUUGAUCAACGUCAGCGUAGACAACCUGUCGACAGUUUAACCAAUUAUCGAUUAUCACCAAAUUCUAAAUCUAAAGGGAUGUUCAACUCAUUGAAAUCUCUUCAACACAAUGAUGCUGUCAAGGAGAAGACAACCGAUGUACAAGAGGAGGAUAGUGAAGUGGACAAAUGAUGACUGCAAGAUCAGACAAAUCAGAUCACACACACACACACACAACACCUCCUUUUUGUACAUAAUAUUAUUACUUAUAUACACAAUCCAUAAAUUUAAGAACAAUGAAUGAAUCGAAACAUUUUGAAGACAAUUAUCAACAAGGUAUAAAGCUGAAGUACAACCACUCAUAAGAUAGAUAGAUAGAAAUAUUUGUGUAAAAAUGAUUCCCUUUUCCAAUUCCUCGUUCUUUUUUUUUGUAUCAGACCAGACCACCAUUUCAUCGAAUUGUACUGUCUUUCCUUACGCCGUAUUCUUGCCUUGUCAAAUCAACAACAAUAAUGAUAAUAAUUAACUCGCUUUUGAUGCUCAACAAUAUCAAUAUUUAUUGACACAUAUAUGUAUCAGACAUUUAUUACGUUUGUAUUUGUCCACUUUUGAGAUAACCCAAAUUUUUAAAAAAAUAUAAAUAUAAAUAACCGUGAUAAAAUUUUUAAGUUUAGGCAGUUGACAAGCUCAUAUUUUCACUAUCUCUUUAAGUCCCUCUAUGUAUGUAUGUGUGUGAGUACCUACGCACGGAUGCUUGCAUUGACAUGUAUUCAAUCAACUGAACUUUGAUGGAUAGAUUUAGUAUUUAUCUUUAUAUAAAAAAUCUUAACUAUCAUCUGAAUUUAAUUAUUUUUACUACUUUUUAUCCAAUAUGAAUUUUAAUUAUCCCGCCAAUUUUCUAUGCGUUUUGACAAUAUCUACGAAUUGAACAAUUUAAACAAACAAUAUAUAUUAUAAACGCAUAUGUGUUACGUUACUCGUUGGGAUAGCUUGUUUUAAUGAGUCAAUGCACAAAAAUCAACACAAAUUGUGGUACAAAUUAAAAUGUGAUCAUUUGAAUUUAAAUUUUGGUUAUUUAUUUCUGCUUAAUUAAUUAUUUAUUUAUUUAAUAAUUUAUUAGAAUAAAUCACUUUUAAAAAAUUCA